AUGUCGAAAUCGCCGUCGGACAGCGACCCCACCGCGGCGAAGACACAUGGGCCCAAUGACAGCCCACAAAAUGCUUCCACCUCAGCCGUAUUGAGUCAAGCAGACAUAGCGGAGGCAUUUAAGGACCUUGCUAGAGGCGAACAGCAGGCUGCCGCUCUAGAGGCAGGCCUCACAAAUCUAGAGAAGAAGCUCGACGCCCUAUUAGCAUCGAUCGAGGGCGGUUCAGCCUCGCCCGAAGCAAGUCGGGAGGGUAAAGGCGAAUCCAAGGACUAG